AAAGCGAACUAUUAUGAAAUACUUGGUGUGGAACCAAAUGCCACGGAGGAAGAGAUCAGGAAAGCAUUUGUCAAGAAGUCGCACGAGCUCCAUCCUGAUCGCAAGGUGCUGUCAAAGGAUAGACGCAUGGGAUGGAGGCGAACCUCUGACACUGAGUCAUUUAUGGAAGUGAAAGAAGCAUACGACUGUUUGCGGAAAUCGGCCAGCAGAGCGCAGUAUGAUAGUCGUUUAGUCAAUGCAGCUGGUCAUCUUCAUGAGGCUUCUCAUAUGAAAUUCAAGCAGGGAACUAUUGUUGACCUCAACAGAGAUAGGGAUGAAGCAUAUCUCGGUCCUCGAUCUCGUAUUCCGAUGAGUAGUCAUUUCAGGGAUCUCGAACAAGAAUACUAUAAAGAGAAGCACAGAAAUAGAAUGCUUGUUAUUGCGGCUGGAUUGGCGUUUAUCCUUGUUCUAGCAAACAUCGGCUACGUG